AUGGAUGUUAAUCGCCCUGCUAAUGUCUCCUAUUUUGAUUUCAUUGGAGGAGUUCAACUUCUCCAAGGGGAGGACACCAGAACAGCCAUGCCUGUCAUCCUGAUCGGGAUCUGUGUCUCUGGAGCAGUUGGGAAUUUGCUCGUUUUGCUGAUUUUCAUCCGUGAUUUCAGAAACGGAAAAGGCUCCGAGGUGAAAGCUCUCCUCGCCUCUCUUGCCUCCACAGACUUGGUGAUCUUGCUGCUGUGCGCCCCCGUGCGCGCCGUCACCUACUACAAGCAGAGCUGGACCCUUGGGAGUUUUGUGUGCAGCACCACGGACUGGUUCCAGCACUCGUGCGUGGUUGCAAAGACUUUAAUCCUGGCUGCCACCACCAGAGCCAAACACACCUUGGUCCCUAGCUCUCUCUCCAGCCCUACGUGGAUCCAUGGAGCUCUGGCGUUUAUCUGGAUCGUGUCCAUGAUGUUCCCUCUCCCUCAGAUGCUUUUUGCUUCUUUGGUGCCGCAAGGACGCGAUAAAAUCUGCGUCUCUGAGAUGCCUGUGUGUGCGUCUGACUUCAUGAGUUUGUUCUAUAAGAUUUAUCCAACCGCAACCUUUGUGGCGCCUGUCAUCUGCACGCUCGCCUACUACACAAAAACUCUCCAUGCUGCCGUGAACAACGCACCCAGCCCUCAGCACCAGAGCAAAGUUACCCUGGUGUUGCUGUGCCUGAGCGGCGCCCUGGGGCUCAUGCUUCUGCCAGAGUGGGGGACUUUCACUUGGAUCAGACUUGGCUUCAAUAAACCUCCUGUGGGUCUCAUCAUCUUUGCACAAGUCCUCCUUUACGCAUGCAGUGCGCUCUCUCCAGUGAUACUCAUGACCAUGUAUGACGAUGUGCGCCAAGGACUCAUCACCAUCUGGUUCAUCGCAACCUGUAGAGGCUCCAAACAGAUCCCCAACAGCGACAAGAAGUGCGCCAAAACGGAAGGAAACGGAGCGGAAGUCGGAGCCAACGCCGUCGCCAACGCUGUCUCCGGGGAAAAGGAGAAGACCAUCCCGGACGUAGAGCACUUUUGGACAGGGCGCAGGAAUACGCACGUCGAGGAGGAGCAGGAUCCGGUUCCAUGGGAGAGAGAGGAGAAGAUGUUGUAG